UCCCUCGGCAAAUACAUUAUUUUCUCCUCUAGAAGAACUUAGCAGAGGGCAAGGGGAAAGAGUCACGGCUUCGGUGCAGAUUCAAAUCGGUUUGGUUUAAGGACAAAAGGGUGUUGACCAUGCUAAGGGCUUGUGUCAGAGGUGCGAAUUCUACACUCCGGAAAACCUAUGGGCGAACUCCACGAAACAGUCUGCAGCCGUGCAGACACUACACAGCUGGGGAAAGCAGUGGCGCUGUCAAAGUGGUCACUGCUGGCUUGAUGACAGUCGGCGGUGGCAUUGGAGGAACGAUACUCUAUGCCAAAUGGGACCACAAGUUCAGAGAAACUGUGGAGAAAAAUGUUCCUUAUUCAGAUCAGCUGCUGGAGUUGGCAUUGGGACCUGCUCCCCGAGAAGUUGGUCUUUCUGCUAAAAAGCAGACUGAGUUGGUCCAACCUCCCUCAAUGUUGGAAAAAACAAUGAAGGUGACUAAAGCCAAGAAAGAUAAAAAAGUGAAGGAGUCUGCAGAGAGCCCCACAGAAGUGGCUAAACUACUCCCGGCACAGCCCGCACAAAGCCUUGAGGAUGCGUCAACUGAGGCAACUCACAUAAUCUCAGCCAUCAGUGAAGUACCAUCAGUCCCUGCUCCAUGCGACACUGAGGUGAUGCCGGUCAAAGAGGAGUGCAAGGAGUGUCAUCACCAUAAUGUAACUGCAGAGACAGCCGCAGUUUCCCCUGAAAUAAAGCCUGUAGCACAAGAACCACUCAAAGAGCGUCCAGUAGAAGAGGUGACAGCUCGACUUGCUCAACAAGACCUAGAGGAGCAAGAAAUCCUGGCCUCUGUGUCAGGAAACCUGGACGACUCAUUGGCCAGCUCAGCGCAAGCCACGCUGCAGGCCAUUGGAGCUCAGGAGGCAGCCUUGCAGGCCAUUGCGCGACACACUCAAAAACUGAAGGAAGCUAUGGAAGCCGAGGUUCCGCCACAGGAGAAGUCAGCCCAGUGGAAAGAUCUUGAAGCUUGUCUUGCAAAUAGAGCAGCUGCAGUAAGCGAUGCGGGAACAGCUCUGCAGAAAGCUAACGAGGCCUUGGACAAUCUCAAGUCUGUCAUUGACAAAUCCAAGGAGCUGAAUGUCCCUGCUGUCCGGGCCCUCACGUUAGCAGCAGAAGAGAAUCUCCUUAAAAUGGUGGUGGACUUAGAUAAAGUGGUCAACAAGGUGCAGUCUGCAGAGUCAGAAGCUAAGAUCGUCUCCCAGUAUGGUGAACUGGUAAAUGAAGCCAAACUGCAAUUCCAAAGAGAAGUGAGCAGCCUUACUCCAGAGAUUCAGGCCAACUGGAAAGGACUCACUGGUAAGCUGUCAACAGAUGACCUGAAUGCUCUAAUUGCCCAUGCACAUCGUCGCAUUGACCAGCUGAACCGAGAGCUGGCUGAGCAGAGAGUCAGGGAGCAGAUCCAUAUUGAUGCAGCUCUAGAGCAGCAGAAAUUGGAGCACCUGAGAGUGCAGGAGGCAGCUGUAAACACAUCCUUGCAGCACAUCAAGGAGGACGCGCGACUUGAGCAGGAGAGGAAGCUGUCAGAAUUGAGGGAAGUGAUGGAAGCAGAGAUGAGGACUCAACUUCGGCGUCAGGCAGCUGCUCACACAGACCAUGUUCAGGAGGUCCUCAAAGUGCAGGAGCAGGAACUGAAAGCAGAAGCUGAGCAGGUCCUAAGCGGUAAGCUGCUAGAACAAGAGACCCAAUACCGUCAACUGAGUCAGGAGCAACUGGAUAACUUUACUCUGGAUAUGAAUACUGCCUAUGCAAGACUGAAGGGAGUGGAGGAGGCGAUAGACAGCCAUGUGGUUGCAGAGGAGGAGGCUCGAAAAGCUCAUCAGCUGUGGCUCUCUGUGGAAGCGCUCAACUACACCUUAAAAACCGCUGAUGCCGGUUCGCCCACUAAGCCAUUGGAAGGCGCUGCUCAGGCUGUGCGAGACAGCUGCCAUGACAAUGAAUUUGCUUUGGCUCUUGCUUCAGCCCUUCCACAAGAAUCGCUGCAGCGUGGCGUGUACAGCGAGGCCUCUCUCCGAGCCCGCUUCCAUGGUUUGCACUCACUCCUUCGCAGGGUUGCCCUUAUUGAUGAGUCUCACAACUCCUUGUACCAGUAUUUCCUUUCCUACCUGCAAGCAGCACUUCUGCUUGAGGCAAAACAGCAAGUCCCGCCUGCCCACCUAACCGCUGAAGAUUUAGACCCUUUCAAGCUCCUUUCGUAUGCCACCUACUGCAUAGAGCACGGUGAUCUGGAGUUAGCCGCUAAAUUGGUGAACCAACUGACAGGAGAGGCUCGGAGAGUGGCGGAGGACUGGCUGAAUGAAGCCAGACUUACUCUGGAAACCAGGCAGGUGGUCAGUUUGUUGUCUGCUUAUGCAAAUGCAGUGGGGUUAGGAACCACCCAAGCUCCAUAGGCUUACCGUCUGACUAAAAAGAAGGACACUUCCAUUAAAAAGUAUCAAAUAAUUUCCUUUGCCACGCUCGAAAAGUAAUAGCUUGCGUUCUGCUUAGGGGAGAGAUUUUUAGUAGUCUGAGCACACAUAAACCUAAUGAUGGUUUAUCAACCCAAAAAACUCAUGGGUUGUUUAAAAACACUGUCACAAUGAUUAUUCAACAAACAAAUAACUGAUAUACCCACUCAGUCUGGUGUUAUCUGUAUAAACCCACUUGAACCAGGUACUUAUUUUUGGCAUCUUUAAUUUGUUUUUUGCUCAAGAAAUUGUAAUUCAUAAAAAUAUCAUAUGAGCAAUCUGUUUGCAUUUUAUUUUUGUCAAUAAUGCACUUCACAAAUAAAUCAUGAAUAACA